AUGAUGACACCUUUUGCUCUCUUUUUUCUAUCAAUUACUAUAAUUGAAUCCAUGGCAGGAAUUCUAGGAACUGGAAUUAUCUUGGCUGCCAGUCCAUGGAGCUGCAUUAGGGGCAAAACAUGGUCCCCAUAUGAUAUGGUCAUGAUCUCAAUUUGUUCAUCUAGAAUCACAUUGCAAUGCUGGAUUAUACUGGAUUUGUUCAUUAAUAUAUGGCAUGAACAAUACUAUAGUGAAGAAAGUAGAGGUGUCGUUUUCAGUGCACUGUAUGUGUUUCUGAACUACUGCAGCCUCUGGUUUGGAGCCUGGCUUAGUGUCUUCUAUUGCAUCAAGGUUGCUACUUUUACACAGUCUUUCUUCAUCUGGCUGAAGCAAAGAAUUGCCAGGCUGGUGCCCUGGAUGCUACUCACAUCAUGGCUCUGCUCCUUCACAGCUGCAAUUCCCUUCAUCUGGGAUGACUACAGUGUGCACAGGAACUUCACUGCUCCUCAACUUAUGACAAACUCCUCAGCAAUGAGAAUCACAUGGAGAGAUAGUUUGGGUUUAGUAAUUAUUAUCUGUAAUGCAAGUACAGCUUUUAUACUGUCUGUUGUUUCUAGUGUCCUGCUGAUUCGGUCUCUGUGGAUACACAGGAGACGGAUGCAAAAUAAUGCAAGUGGCUUCAGGGAUCCCAGCUCAGAGGCACACAUCAGUGCCAUCAAGUCAAUCUGUUCCUUCCUUAUUAUUUACAUUAUAUAUUUUAUUUGUUUGCUUCUCCUCUUAUGCAUUGAUUUCUUACCUUUUAGUGAUGAGGAAUUUAUCUGUGCAGCUGUAUUAGCUGCCUGUCCUACUGGACACACAUUGGUCUUAAUUUGGAGCAAUCCAAAAUUUCGAGAGCAGCCAGCUAGGAUUUGGCACCACAUUAUCUGUCAUGGCAGAACUGCAUCUGCUUAA